AUGCGUUUAUUCGUUGGUUACAAAUCAUCAAAUCAAAGCUUUAAACAAUUAGAAGUAGAAACCGAAAGAGGUGAUGCCGGUUAUCUUCAGAUGGAUUGCGCCCGUGAAUCUUUCGCAUUUGCAACAUAUAAACCAAAAUCAGAAAGGAAAGUUAAAAAGUUUGUUCAUUCGUUAUAUAAUAAUGUUCAAAAAUAUGAUAACUCAGUAUGUGGUAAAUAUAUUGACCCCUCAGAAGUUUUCAAGAGAGCAAAUGAAGAAGUUGAUGUCACUUUUGAUAUGAUUAUUCCAGUAAAUGAUUUGUUAGCAUUUCAGGCGUUCGAUGAUUAUCCCAAAUCAUUUGGUGAUAUCAUUUUGAAAUAUUAUGUUUUCAGGGAUACUUUGGUAUUUUGCCAGGUUGACCCGUUAAGAGUUGCAGAUUUACAAAAUUAUGUUUAUGAAAAGAUAACUGAUGCAAAUUAUGAAAAGAUUAUGAAUCAUGUUUAUAAAUACGAUCGCAAAUUCCAACAAAUCGGACUUCCUGCCAAAUUAAUUACAAGCUUAGCCGAGACAACUGCUGACGCAACAGUUGAUGACGUUAUUAUUUCAUGCACAAAGAUGGAAGUUUUAGAGGAUAAAUGCAUUACACCAGGAUACGGUUUAAUUGAAGAAUCAGUUAAAGCAAUACCACGUUUAUUCAGUAAGGAAGAUCCAUUCAUGAUUCCAGCUCAACAUAUUGACGUUCGUUCACUAAAUGGAGGUUGCAUCACUCCUGAAGGUAUCAGCUCAGAUUUCUCAUACGCUCUUCAUAAUGUUACAGAUGUUGUGUUAACAUUUCCGAAGAAUGCAAUGCAAAGAACA